AUCAUCAUCAUAGGCAUCACUUAUAAUAAUAUUCACGAGUGAUUGAACUGGAACUGGAAUAACUGGAAUAGUUGAUUUCGGAAGCUGUGCAUUCCAAAAUGUUCUCAUUUGUUACACUGUUACUACGGAAGGACUGGGCUAGAUACCAUCUCAUUACGUUCACAGUGUGAAGUGGUGACGAAAGAAAUGGAACAUGUUUUUCAGUUAAGUGCCUUGGCAGACGGUUGCGUGUUACGUCUGUAAGUUGACAUGAGGUGAGUACUCCCUCUGGUGGAGCUGUGCAGGGUAGCUACGACCUACCCCACAGAGAGCAUCACAGGCAACCCCACCGCCACAGGACAAGGUCACCUACAGUAUGCUCAGACACAAUGGUUUGCAGAUCCUAGACCCGGAGGAGGUUGAGUAUGUGAGGAACCAAACCACAGCGGUAGCCGGUGGCUCCGUGGAGCUGGGCUGCGGCUCCGAACCCCCCACCAUCUUCAUCUGGGCCUACACCAAACCGGGCUCGGACAGCAACCAGGUCCUGCUGUACGACUACGGCCACGGGCCCAAGCUCCAGCCCCUGUCCAAAGACGUCGCCGCCGACAUGGGCCUGGUGUUCAACUCCUCCACCCUGCUCAUCAACAACCUGCCCCUGAGCGCCAGUGGGCUGUACACCUGCCAGGCCCUGUACGAGACGGACAGCGGGGCCAAGAUCACCUUCUUCUAUAACCACCUGGAGGUGCUGGUGGAUGGAGAAGAACCCGGUUCUGGGGUUUCAAACAUCACUCUGGCCUGAGUGUUGUUUAUUUACACAAUGG